AUGAGGAAGACUCUGUUUUUGCUUUAUUUUUGGAGCUUUUGUGAGGCUCAAGGAAGAUUUUCACCAAGAAGGAUAAACGCUGGUGGCUUUUUUCAUCCGAAAAGAGGGGUCAAAACAGAAAAAAGGACGUGGCCAAGGAUCUCCAUACGACUUCUCAAAAGGAAAAGCUCCACAUUUCAUAUAUUUCCGGCUACAGUAGCUAACAUCAAAUCUUACAGUAUCACACCUGGCAGAGGCCGAGUAAUGGCAAGUCAACCCGUCCAGCUCCGUGGGAUCGCGCCGCUCUACAUUCCUCCACGUGAGCAAUGCUCCGAGAUUGAAAUUUUCAACGCCAUUUCCUCCAGCUUUUCGAAAAAGCGGCGACUCGUCAGAAAUCAACAAGGCCCGGACUUAAAAGACGCUUUCAAGCUCAAGUAA